GCCUGUCUAAGAAGCCCUCUCUGCUGACUCAUCAAGGCCAUAUCCUGGACCCUGGAAAGAGCCUCACCCUGCAGUGUUGCUCUGACUAUGACAGAUUUGGUCUGUACAAGGUAGGGGGAGCUGACUUCACCCAGCACUAUGGCCAGAGGACCCAGGGUAACUUCUCUUCAGCCAACUUCACCCUGGGCUAUGUGAGCAGCUCUACUGCAGGGCAGUACAGAUGCUAUGGAGCACACAACCAAUCCUCUGAGUGGUCAUCCUCUAGUGAUUCCCUGGACAUCAUGAUCACAGGAAAACUUCCUGACAGUCCUUUCCUCUCAGUGAAGCCAAACUCCACAGUGCGGUCUGGAGACAACGUGACCCUGCUGUGUCAGUCAGCAUACACGACAGACACUUUCAUUCUGUCCAAGGAGGGAGCAGCCCACCAACCCCAGAGAAUGAAAUCCAAGUUCCAAGAUUGGAAGUCCCAGGCAGAAUUCUCUAUGACUGCUGUGACCUCUGCCCUCUCAGGCACCUACAGGUGCUACAGGUCUCAAGACUCAUCUCCCUACCUGUUGUCACAUGCCAGUGGCCCUGUAGAGCUCUCUGUCUCAGGACCCAUUGGAUCCUCCAGCCCACCACCUUCAAGUCCCUUGCCAACAGCAGGCCUGGAAAUGUACCUGAAGGCUCUGAUCGGAGUCUCUGUGGCCUUCCUCCUGUUACUCUCCAUUCUCAUCUUUCUCCUUCUCCGAAGAAGGCGUCAGGGAAAGUUCAGGAAGGAUGCCCAGAAAGAGACAGAAUUGCAGCUUCCUGCAGGAGCUGCAGAGCCAGUAACCAGAGACAGAGGCCGCCAGAAGAGAUCCAACCCAGCUGCUGCCACCCAGGAAGAAAUCCUAUAUGCCUCAGUGGAGGACAUGAAACCUGAGGAUGGUGUCAAUCUGGACAGUUUGAGACCACCAGAGGAAGAGCCCCAGCAACAGACAUAUGCCCAGGUGAAAGACUCCAGGCUCAGGAGGGCAGAAGCUGUCCUACCUUCUGUCAGGUCAAGAGAAGUCCCAGAAACAAAAGAAGAACAAGCAGAAGAGGGCAGAGAGACAGACACUCAGGCUGCUGAAUCUGAGGAUCCCCAAGAUGUGGUCUAUGCCCAGCUGUGGAGCAGGUCACUCAGACAGGGGACAGCUGCACCUCCUCCCUCCCAGGCUGCAGAAGCCCCAGAGGAGCCCACUGUAUAUGCUGCUCUGGCAGUCACUCGACCAGGUCCUGUUCCCAAUAAGGAGGAGCAAUGACCCUCUGCCUGCCAGGAGGCCUGUGGAGACCUACGAGGGAUUCUGUGAACUUUUGGGAACCUGGCUGCAU